GGCAGGCCCGAAACGUCAACUCCCAGAAUUCCCAGCGGCGGAUGACAGGUACCCUCUCCAGUCUUCCGGUCGUCGGGUUCCGGAGACAAACCCGGAAGUUCUCCCGCCAUCUGUCCCGCUGCUGUGGUUGAAAACAGAGACAGUUCAGGUAUCGUGUGUGCAGCGAGCCAUGGAGCGCGUCAUGGGAGGAGGAAUGCUGCCGCUGGUUCUAGCGAGUGUCGGGGUCUUGCUGUUGUACCGGAUAAUUUCCCGCCUCAGACCAGGAGCUGCUCUGCAGGAUGCUGUGGUGGUCAUCACAGGGGCCAGCUCUGGACUGGGGAAAGAGUGUGCGCAGGUUUUUCAUGCUGCAGGUGCACGGCUUGUUCUGUGUGGUCGAGAUGCAGCCCGUCUGCAGCAGGUCGUCCAGGAGCUCACUGCAAGUUCAACAGGCGCACAGCAGAAGACUCAUGUUCCCAGAACUGUCGUGUUUGACCUGGCUGACUCGGACACAGUGGACAGAGCUGCAGAGCAGAUCCUGAAAUGUUAUGGACAAGUGGAUGUCCUUAUCAAUAACGCCGGAAUCAGUUACCGCGGAAACAUCCUGGAUACCCAUCUUUCGGUUCAACGGGACGUCAUGGAGACAAAUUACUUCGGCCCCAUUGCUCUGACUCAGGCUCUCCUGCCCUCCAUGGUCCGCCGGCGUAGCGGCCACAUCGUGGUCAUCAGCAGCAUCCAGGGCAAGAUUGCCAUCCCAUACAGAUCAGCUUAUGCAGCCUCGAAACACGCCACCCAGGCCUUCUUCGACUGCUUACGGGCAGAGAUCGAGUGCUACGGGAUUCCAGUGACCGUGAUCAGCCCCGGUUACAUCCGAACCAACCUGUCCGUCAAUGCCGUCACUGGGGACGGCUCCAAGUACGGAGUUUUGGAUAAAACCACAGCUAUGGGUUGGGAUCCCAAAGACGUGGCUCUGGCAGUUCUGAAGGCCGUCCGUCACAGGAGCAGAGAUGUCGUUUUGGCAGAACCUCUGCCGACCUUGGCCAUCUACCUUCGCACGCUGUGGCCCGCGCUCUUCUUCAAACUCAUGGCCUCUCGUGCUCGCAAGGAGCAGAAACUGAAAGACCGAUGAAGGCUGAUGCAGCUGCGGAUUAAGUUUUUUGUCACAUGGACCAAAACUUAACACUGACUGCAGCACACGGAGGCCGAAUGAACAUGUGAUGUGAACAGAAGCUUUUCUUAAGUGACACAGUUUGAAGUGUUACUAGUAGAGAAUCAGAAACUUGACCAGACUGUGUUUAUUUAUUUCAGGAACUAACCUUGUUCUCGAGCUCAUCGCCGUUUUAACGUCAUCUGGUAAAUCCUUUACUGACAGAUCCCAGAGCUCUCCUGUGACAACACUGUGAUGCUGCUUUCUGAAUUGACUCUGUGUCAUGGACGUUACAUGACAAGGGAUUGUUUUGGUUUACUAGUUUUGAUGUAAGAUAACUUUUUUUUAAUGCAGAGAAACCACUCAGCUUACUCUGGAAAAGAGGACAAAACUUAACUUUGAUAACCAAGGCCCAACAUUCCCCUUGAAUUGAAUUUAAUUAAUUUACUUUGCACACAUACAUAGAUAUCACUCUCAAAUUGCCUGAUUAUUUUCAUCAAGAUUCACGAAUGAUUCUCUGGGAAAUUAUAAUGUCAAAAUUUGCUGAAGUUUCAAGGAAAUCGGUUGAGUAGAUUUUGUGUCAUUCGGCUGAAUGAAAACGUUACGACCUCGGUGGAGGGAUUGACCCAAAGGCCACAUGCUUCUCUGUAAAUCGUAACAUUUGAACUUUGAUCACAAAUUAAACACAAUGAAUACAAGAAACCAUGAGCUGAUUUUAUAACUAUCUUUAUACAGAGAAUAAAAACACCUUUUACAAACGGAACAUUUUAAACAACAGGUUUUUUCCUUUUUAGAUGUCGUCUUAAUAUUAAGUUAAACAGAAAACAUUUUCAGAAAUGUUACCAAUAAAUAGUCCAAAUAACAAUUUACAAUAUGUUACAAAAGCACAGUCAAUACUGGAAUUGCCAUUUGUACAAAUAAAUCCUUAAACAAAACAAAAAAAGCCAGAUUCAAAGACAAAACCUGCUGUUUAUUUCUUCAUGAAGAACAUCUUCGUCGUUUCUUUUCUGGUGUGAGGAGAUUAAACCUUUUUCAAACGUCUCUAACAAAGGAUCGCCACAAGAGGUUUUAAAACGUAGAGUCAAAGCCGUCGAGGUGCCUGAAGGAGACCGACAUUUUUUAAAAUCCAAUUUGUGGAAUGACCAACAAUUCUCCAACAAUUCACACUAACAGAGACGAAGUUAAAACAUGUUGAUGAGGCAAUAUGUGUUCAAUACUGCAUAAUGAUGAUGCUGGUAAUUGAAAUUCAAAGUCGGAGUUAACAUGGUACAUUUGUAGUCUCUCUGAACAACAGCGAAACUACAUCAACGGAGUAAAUCAAAAAAGAGGUUCAGAGCAGCCUGAGGUUAGAGCGAUGGUGGAUGUGUUUAGAGAAACGUUGACAUUACCCAGUGUUCAGUGUCAAUACUCAUCAAUGGACGAUGUUCAGUCAGAGGGUUUUAAUCGGGACUGCGAAAGUUAGAAUGAGUGGAGUGUCAACUACAGCUUAAAAGUUUGAUUACACAAUGUACUUCUUAUUUCAACUGGAGUGUGAUAUUAACAGAAACAUGAGCAAUGUUACUUCAUCUGUAGUUGAGUCAAAACGCUGCCUAGUUAUUUAAACUGCAAUGUCUGAGUAUAUCAUUAAUAUGUAAAAAAAUUAGAAACUGCAGCUGAAAGUUUAAUAUGUGAAGAAUGAAGUUGUUGUUGUUGAACAACAAACAAACCUAAAGGCUGUUUUUCGUAAUUAUAAUCUCGAAACAUUAAAAUGUAUGAAAAUGUAAUGAGGCAUCGGUUGAUGAAAUUUAAACUGCUUGUAUUUAAGCGACAGAAGCUGCCAUUUUGCACGUGGCUUCCAUAAACGGAAACCUGACUCCAAACAAACACAGCAGGCUCUACUCCUAAAACGUAACCGAUAAUACCUGAACUGGCUGCGAUGAAGAGCAUGUCAAAUGUAGGGCAGGAGCAGAGGACUCUACGUCUUUCUGCUCGGCUGUGUUCGUGCUCCACUUUUGCUGCUGUGACGACUGAAUAUUCUCACUGCCACCACUUUCAAAAAUCGCCUUCCGGCAGCUGUCUGCCACCAGCUGGGAUCUGAACUGCACAUUUUGGAGGAUUUACACAUUUUGGAGGUCGAUCUGAGAGAGAAGAUGACAGAAAUACACACACUGCACGCACACACACACGCACGCACACACUCAAAGGUCAGGAGAAGACAUAAGUUCAGUGAAAAUAUUUUGUUCAGAUAUGGCAUUGUAUUUUCCUGUACAUGAGGUUGUGUUUUGUAAACGCAUUUUCAUUUUCUUAAGUGUUUGUUUUUAAAGGGCAUUUCACCUUAGAGAACAGUCCAGUGAAACCAAUGCAUUUUUUAACUUUGAACAAUGGUCAAGGUUCACUGUUAUUAUUGCACUU